CGCCCAGCCCGGCGCUCCGUGGCGCGGUGGCACCUUCCCCAGCCGCCUGUCCCCCUCCCCAGCUCCGUGCCGAAAUGGCCACCGUCCCCCUCGGCUUCGACAUCGACGCCCCGCGCUGGGACCAGAGCACGUUCACCGGGCGCCUCCGGCACUUCUUCAACAUCACCGACCCGCGCACGGCCCUGGUGCCCGAGCAGGAGCUGGACCGGGCGCGGGAGGUGGUGGCAGCCUGCAGGGCCGGGCUGGUGCCGCCAGGCAGCAGCCGGGAGCAGCUGCUGUACGCCAAGAAGCUGUACGACUCGGCCUUCCACCCCGACAGCGGCGAGAAGAUGAACCUCAUCGGCAGGAUGUCCUUCCAGGUGCCGGGGGGCAUGGCCCUCACCGGCUGCAUGCUCCAGUUCUACCGGACGGUGCCGGCCGUGGUGUUCUGGCAGUGGGUGAACCAGUCCUUCAAUGCCAUCGUCAACUACACCAACCGCAACGCCGCCUCCCCCAUCUCGCUGGCGCAAAUCGGAGUGGCUUACGUCACGGCCACUGGUACGGCCCUGGCCACCGCGGUGGGGCUCAACCUCUACACCAAGCGAGCCCCCCCUUUGCUCGCCCGCUGGGUCCCGUUCGCAGCCGUGGCCGCCGCCAACUGCGUGAACAUCCCGAUGAUGAGGCAGCAGGAGAUCAUUAACGGGGUCACGGUGACAGACGAGGACAACAACGAGCUGGGACGGUCCAGGAGGGCGGCGGUGAAGGGCAUCGCGCAGGUCGUGGUCUCCAGGAUCACCAUGGCAGCUCCGGGCAUGAUUAUUCUGCCCAUCAUCAUGGAGCGGCUGGAGAAGUUCCCCUUCAUGCAGCGCAUCCGGGUUCUCCACGCGCCGCUGCAGGUGCUGCUGUGCGGGGGGUUCCUCCUGUUCAUGGUGCCGGCCGCCUGCGCCCUGUUCCCGCAGAGAUGCUCCCUCGCGCUGGCUAGCCUCGAGCCGGAGCUGCGGGACAGCAUUGUGGCCAAGCACGGGGACAAAGUGCCAUACAUCUACUUUAACAAGGGACUGUGAACGGAGGCUACUUCGGGAGCCAUCAUGCCCCUCUGGACCCCUGCUGCCACCAGCCCCACAUCCCCUGAGCGGGGCUCGGAGGCAUGGUCCGACCCUGUCAGCCCAGCCUGAGGGAUGGAGCUGGGGUCGGCUGGUCCAGAGCCUCCCCCCAUCUGCUGCCAGCUGUGUCCCCAUCGGGGGCAUCCCUUCUCCCCCCCCAAACCACGUUGCUGCCUUAAACCACUGCAGGGGCCUCUUCCCAAGAGCUGGAUCCCCCCUCGGCAGGCUGGAAGGGACCUGUCCCCUCUGCACGGGGAGCGGACCAAGUCCCGGGACCAGUACUUGGACCAUGCCUUCCUCACUCUCAGGUUCAGAUUUUAUUUACUUUGUGAUUGUCACAAUCCCAAAGAGAAAUAGCUAAUUCUUUUUAAGCUCUAAUUUUUUGAAAUUACUCAUUCCUCUGAGCACAAAAGCCAGCUGUUGUCCUGUGUCUCACUGUCCCUACGGUGGGACCAAGGACCUGGGGGACACUCGAUUCUGGUCCCCCUUGCACAGGGGGAAGGAGACACAGGGCUCACAAAGCCAUCAGGGUGUGAGCUCAGGCUCUGAACCGGCAAUGCUGCAACUGACAGAGAGGGUUGGCAAAUAAAACAUGGUGAUUUUUAAAACA